GCAUCUUUUCUUAAAUUGUGCUGUUAGGGGAGUGAGCGCUAAUAGCUAUCGUGUAAGGGAAGGCAGGAGUUUGUUUAUGAAAGGAUAUUUAUGAUCAUUACUCCUGUCUCAGCUUCAGUCUCUUUGUCGGGGGGGGCUAGAGAACAGGGUGUGAUAGGAAACGGCGAUUUCUAAACAAAAGUUCACUUUCUGCCCUCUUUGAAAGUGGAUUUAAACCAGUUGUCGUUUAAAAAUCCCACUCUGUGCAAGGAUUGGCCAGUAAAGACUUUUUUUUCCCCUUAAGGGGGAUUCAGUGUUACAUAGACUUUCCUUCGCCCAUUCGGACUGGGCGAUUUUGAGUAAACGACAGAUUACCUCCCAGGGAUUUUUAUUUGGUUUCCAGUCAGAUUAAUCGGUUGUUUAUAUAUUUAUAUUGUUUCGCAACGGCAAAAAUAACCUGUAAAGGAAGAUGUGUGUGUACAAUUUCUUACUUUGUUAAUCCAAAACAACUCUGGUAAAUAUCCUAAUGCACUUUCUAAAGGGUGCUCUUAAUUAUUGCUGCGAAAGAACAGAAAGGGAUGGAUAAGUUAUUUUUGCAUUAGCAUGUUUUCACUAGACUCAGAGAAGGGACACAAGAAGCGAGACUUGUUCUUAAACCUCACUUUACUUCCUUAAUUUCCCUGGCCGGGCAACGUAAAUUGUGCUGUAACACACAGCUACUUUAUAAAAAAACAACCAAGAAAUGAUACUCUCCAGCCCGCUCUCAUACCACUUCGCUUUAGAGAGUUAAACGAUUUAUGAUAGGUUAAAAAAUAGUUAUUGUCUGAACAGCCAAUGGUAAUGCGGAUCUAACUCUGACCAAUAGACAGGUACAAUGUGCCGGAGGGGACGGCUCUUGAUUCUCACGUCCAAUAAGAAAAGAGGAAAGGGAAACGCCUAAUUUGCAUAAGGCUUCUAUAAAUAGAGGGGCGGCCGCUACUAGUUCUAUACUGUUACUACUGGGUGUUUAGAGAUUGAAGACUAGUCUACGUCGAGUAUUUUAAAAUAGAAUAGCUUUUGUCAAGAUGCCUGAGCCAGCAAAAUCUGCUCCCGCUCCCAAAAAGGGCUCUAAAAAAGCUGUGACGAAGACUCAGAAAAAGGGCGAUAAGAAGCGCAGAAAGACUAGGAAGGAGAGUUAUUCCAUCUACGUGUACAAAGUGCUGAAACAAGUUCACCCGGACACCGGUAUCUCCUCUAAGGCCAUGGGGAUCAUGAACUCCUUUGUGAACGACAUCUUCGAGCGCAUUGCGGGGGAAGCGUCUCGCCUGGCUCAUUACAACAAGCGUUCAACUAUCACUUCCCGGGAGAUCCAGACCGCUGUGCGCCUGCUUCUGCCGGGGGAGCUGGCCAAACAUGCUGUGUCUGAGGGCACCAAGGCGGUCACCAAGUACACCAGCUCCAAGUAAAUAGUUUGCUGUGAGACUACGAACACCUAUAACCCAAAGGCUCUUUUAAGAGCCAUCCACUUUCUCACCCAAAGAGCUCUAAAAUCACUAACUGCUGCUGCUUGUGUUCUUCAAAUUCCAACAGUGUAUUUUUUAAAACAAUCUGUACUUGUGUUUUAGUUUCAGGCGACUUGUUAAAGCAUUUUUUCAUAUGCUCCCUAUAUAGAGGGGGGACUGAUUUCGUUUUAGUAAAUGGCAUUGUCAAUUUAAACUAUA